AUGGCGAAACAAAAGAUUGAAGAGCAGCAGCAAGGUAGCAAAGUAAUCGACCACCAGGUCAACUGGCCCGCACAGCACCAGAAGGAGCAGCAGGGUAGGCCGCUGCAAUUACAGCGUACCAAUUCCCCAAGGCACGAAGAAGGCAAGAAGCAAAGGUUGGAUGAGCCAGAGGAUAAUGCGUCUAACGAAGAUGGAAUAUGCAUGGAAGGGCUACAACAGCAACGGCGUCAGAUGCACCUAAUGGAUGGCAGCGCUUCCUUGGGCACAGGAAACCGCACAUCGUCAUGUUCACCUUCUCCUGGUCGUUGUAAGGAACCGCCAGAAGGAAUACAAAGCAGGCCUAGCAGCCAACAUUUUGAGGAAGACGGAGAACAGCAUCUUCAAUUGCAGCAUAUGCCGGAAGAAUGGCUGGAGCACGAGAUGCAGGCCCUGCUGCGACAAGAAUACCAGCAAAGGCAGAUAGUUCAGAGGCGCGAAGAGCAACAGCACGAGGCGUUGCAGCAGCAUCCGCCAUUAGAGCGACCCUGGGUGCUCCUUGCGCAGAAACAGCAGGAAGAAGAUUUGCGGCAAAUGCACCAAGCGACACUUCAACAGAUGCAGCGAGACCUAAUUAACAGGCAUCAGAAACAACUCCAAGCUCGACUGGAAGAGGAAGGUAGAGCGCGGCAGGAGAAGCUGGAGAAAGAGAGGCAAGAAGCAAUCCGUUUCAAUCAGCAGCAAAAACAAAAUCAACAGAAGCAACUGAAGAAUCAGCAGCCCGCAAGUGGCUCUAAACCGCGGAGUGUGCCAUUCACACGACGCAAAAACAUCUACAGGCAGCACCGUAUACAGGAGAGGCAGGAUCAACCUCCAGAAGUACCAACAACAGAGGAGCAGAACCGAGAAGAAAUGCAAGAGAAACAUCAACAGCGGCACCGGCAACAAGGUGAGGAGCUACAGAUGCUAGACCAACAGCAGCAGGCGAAGCAGGACCAACCCCAUUCACCGUUAGAAAAAAAUGGAGAGGACGAUGGUGAGGCACAAAAACACGAAGAGCACCAGCAACUGCCGCAGCAGCAACUGGAGGCACAUCAACAAGUAGAGACGACAGGUGAAACAGAUGGAGCGAAGACCACCCAACGGAAGAAACAGAGAGAUCUUCUUUUCAAGAACCAACUGCCCACUCAACGCCAGCAACCGGCACAGCAGCUUCAGCAGCACCAGCAGCAACAUGGUGCGGCCAUUCACGGGGAGGUAAGACAGCCGUUGCAAGUAGGUGAUAUCAAUUUAACGGAGUCCUCAAAGCAAAAGGUGCAGCAGGCUCUGCAGAAAGGACGCAAAUCAACGUAUGCACAAAAAGGCCAGCAGAAGCAUCAGCUCCUAACGAGGCAAGAAGGUCACCAGAGGCAGGUGGCCAAAGGGGAAAAGGAACAAACAAAUUUAAGACAGCCAGGAGCAGGGGAAAGACAAAAGGAACAAGAGGACCCAAAGCACAAGGAAGAUCGAUCGGAACGAAGCGACAAGCACCGACAAAAAUACAAGCAACUGAGGCAUAAUCUGGAAGAGGAACAGGCACAAGAAGAGCCCAUAGGCGGGACCGAGAUUCCACAGCAACAGGGAGCAAAAACACUGCCAGUCCAGGAAUCCCCAAUCCAGAGGCUCACUCAAGAUGAGGGGAUUCAGAAUGACGAACCGGAAAACAUGGGGGAGGAAAGGGUGCCACAGGCGCAGCACCAACUGCUAUCCAAAGAAAAGCACAGGGCCGAACAACAGCAGCAUCGGCAGGGAGAGAGAGAGAAUAAGAAAAGUAAGGGCCAAGUACAGGCAGAAAACCAAAAACUGAGAACGCAACAGAACAGAGAGCAUCCAAAGCAGCGGUGGGUGCAACAAAAAGAGCCACAUCCUGUGUCAAAAGGGCCACUGCCACAAGCACAGGUCCAGGGGCUGGACCAGCAAUCACAACAGCGACAGCAGGGAAAGCAGCAGGAUAUGCAGCAUCAACAGGAACAGCAGAAUCAACAGCAUCACGAGAUGUGUCAAAGGGAGCUCCAGCGCGAGAGGCAAGGACAGCACCAGGAGCAACAGCAGCGGUCAAACCCAAACCCUGAGAGCAAUUCAGCUCUGACAAGAAGUGAGCUGCUACGCUUGUCAUUUACUCCCUUAGCUGCAGUAAAAGAGAGUGAUUACUACUUACGACAUCAACCUCCGUCAAGUACAAACGCCUCUUUAGCUUGUGUGCCUUGGGGGAUAGCAACAAGCACGAGGCACCAACCCUGCAGCCGAAUGCACCUGUCAGACACUAAUCGGCCACUCGUAACGACGCCGGGUAGAAGGCUCUACGAAGGCCAAAGGAGCGGAGAUUCGAAUAUUAAGGAGCCCGUGUUGACAUCCCAGCAAGCAGACAAUUAUCGCCUGUCCAAAGGUCAGCAGCGUAUACUUAACCAGCGUUGGGCGCCUCUUGAAAUAACCCAGAAGCAAACAGCAGACUGCAGGCAGGCAGAAAGAGGUGGACUCACCAAAAGCUUGUUCCGGAGGAGAAUCCCUCUACUCCUACCUCCUCCUCCUCCUCCUCCUGUGACAGAAACAACGCAGUUGACUCAGCAUUCGCCAGAACAUUGGAAAGUGGCUCCGAUGAGAGGCGGUCACCAACCAAAGAAUUCGCGCAGUCGUCAGCGACUGCUGCAGCAGGAGCAGCGACGCUUGCAGAAACAACCAACAGAACCGGCUGUCAAUUUCCCACUGAGAGCCCCUGAGAGCACACGACAUCGAGAAACCCACCAGAAUAUCGAGGGACAGACUGCAGCAAUCCAGCCUGAUGUGCACCAGCAGCAACAGCAGCAAGAGCUACCGGUAUACGAACAAGAAGCACAUCGCGACCUAGCUCUCCCUGUAUCGAGUAAAGAGAGCGACAGACGCAGUAGCAGGAGCACCCAAAGGAGCGCAGAUGGACCUAACUCUCUCAAUGUUUCCGCCCCAGAUUUUCGUCCUACCUGGGCUCAGAAGGCAGCCGAAUUACCUCCAGAGCGUGAAUUCCCAAAAUGCGAAGGCCUAUCCACACAUAAAGCAGCUCACAAGUUUGUGGAACCGGCAAGAGGUGCUGUGAGAGCAGAUCUCGGCCAAAGGUAUAAUGAGCACGCGACAUAUAAAUACCAUGAGAAGCAGGACCGUGAAUUCGGUGGAUCUGGAGUUGGUCGGACACAACAGCUACAUAAGAUGCAAUCCCAAAUACCAAGAUGCGAGCUACAGGUGCAACGAGUGCACAACCAAACAGAAGAGCAGCAGCAAGGGGACAGACUCAACCCAAUCGUGCUGCAGGUGCACCAGCAGCUGGCGCAGGCUCGAAUGGAGUUCUUAGAAGAACAGGCUCGAGUACAAAAUAGGUCCAACAGAAUGCACGCACUGAGGGAAGCAAGACAGCUGGAAGAACAGCAACAACCGAGCGCCGAGCCUCCAGCUGUAAUUCAGGAAGAACAACAUCACACUUCCCAACACCACCAUGAGCACCAGCAACAACAACAGCACCAACAGCAGGAACAUGGUGAUAAUUCGGUGCCGCAUUUCAGCCCACUCCACCACCAGCAGCAACCGAAAACUGGGCCUGGGCAGCGGCAGGAGCAGCAUGAGCAGCAGCAGCAUGAGCAGCAGCAGAAGGAGCAGCAACAGCAGGAGCCUCAAAAGGAUCAGCAACAUCCAUACGGGGGGCAGAAAGGGCAGCAGCGAGGAGGCCACACAGAACAGCAGCUACAACAGGAAGUGAGGGCUCCUAGUUUCCCCGUAGACAGCAUCCACGAACCCCUUCAAACCCAGGCGCCUUGCAAUGGGCAGCACCAAGCACAGCAACAGCAGCUGCAGCCAGUAGUAGAACGUAUGCAUGAUUACGGAGAGCACCUUUCUGGCCUCCAUAGACUCCAUUUUCAACAGCAACAUGUAUGGGGACAACAAUCAGCAUGGCAACCUCAGCAGCCCCUGGAAAUGCAGCACCAACAAGAUCGGCAACAACACACUCAGCAGCAAAGGAAACAAUACGGGCAAGAACGAUUUCACCUCACACAACAACAGCAACAACAAAAGCAACCGCCACCCCAACAGCCAUUUAUUUACGGGCAACAAAAUACCGCCUUGCCCCAAGACCCCUCCCCAACGACGCAGCAACCGCACCCACUCGGGCAACAGCACCAGCAAGCCUUGCUGCAACUGCAGCCUCCCCUGUCGUUGCAGCAGCAGCAAAACGCGUGGCUUUUAAUGAACCAGCAACGUUUAUGGCUUCCUCAGCAACAGCAGCUUUGGACACCGAGUCAUCAACUCCUGUGGGCUCAGCAGCACCACCAAUUUUGGCAGCAGCAACAGCAACAGCAACUGUGGCAGCUACACCACCCGCAAGCGUGGUUGCAACAACAGCAAGACUGGUGGAUGCAGCACCAGCAGCUUGCAUACGUGCAUCAGCAGCUGCUGCAUCAGCAGGAGGAGCAGCAGCCGUACCGUGGACCCCCAUCUGCCCAGCAGCGCGUUGACUAUUUUAGCUCCCACAUUCCUGCCGGCGUUUUGUCAGAUAUUAUUCUAGGGACAGCUGAAAAUGCUGCGAACAAUGGCUACUUUGUGCCCUGUGGCCUGAGAAUGCCGCCGCCGUGGGAUGGGUGUAUACCCCGAGAAGACAUACGCCUUGGCUUUUGCCCCGUUUGUCUGCAGUACGUGCGCCUUGACAGGUGCCUGCUCCCCUUCAUAGCAACGCCUGUAGCAUCAUCGCCAGCAGCGUAUACCAGUGACACAGCAGCAGCAGAAUACUUCUAUGAGCCACAGUCGCUUCUAGCAGAACUCUCGUCACGCGAGCAACGACUUCCCACUGCUUCAGCAGAUGCAGCAGGGGGCCCACCGGAGGUUAGCCUUCUGCCGGAAACGGCUAGCCGAGGGGCAGAUGGUGCUGCAGAAGGGCAUGAAGGCAGGUGCCAGCAAACAAACCCAACGUUUUCCGCCAACAACGACAACCACGGCAGCCACAGCAUGCACGAUAGCACCAGCAGCUUCAACGACAUCGGCAGAACCUACGGCGAAUACCCCAACAGAAGCGAAGACACCAGUGGAAGCGACGGCGUUUGCAACAGUAGCAGCAGCAGGACUAGCAGAGCAACACAAACGAACCAUCAUACGAACAGGGCGAGUUUGGAGGAAGAAGACACAGGCAGCAACAUUCACGGCAGCAACAGCACGGCAAAUCAUCUUGCACGAUUUGAAGCAUUUGGACCCUUCGAAUAUUUGACAGAAAGUCCCAGUGGAUAUUCUGGACAAGCAAGCUCAAUGGUUGUUCCUGCUACAGCAGACAACAAUGCUGCAUCGAUUUUGGAGACGACCACAACAGAGACAUACCAGAACCAGCUGCGCUGGCCUCCGCAGCACCAGUUGCACGGGGGGACACUUCCCUCAGGGGGGCUAGUGGGCGGACAUAGAGCCGAUUCAUCCAACGGAAGUCUCAGCAGCUUCUCGUCUUUCAACCCGUCUGCUCCUGUGUUCGUUCCUGCCUACAGCGGUCGGCCAAACACUCCCACAUUUGCUGCUGCAGUUGCAGCAGCCGCAGCCGCAGCAGGCCAGGAAUCCCGAACGGCCGGUACACUAGGUAAUCCAGCAGCAGCUAUUCAGCCAUGGCAGACGGCCACACAUAGGCCGAUGAAUUCCUAUGGGAAUGCCUAUCCAAGCGUCUUGCGGCGGCAGCAAAGCCAGCAGCAGAGGCAAGAGAUACGUCAACACCAUAGCCAGAACCAGCACAACGAGCAACAACGAGUGGUACAAGCGCAGCUUCCACAGGGUAACGGCCAGUACUCCGUUGAUGGGCAGUCAAAUGUCCAACAGCUGCAGCAAUCCAAUCAAUCUCUGCAUCAGUUCCAUCAGUCCUACCAACGUUUGAGCCGGCAGCAGUAUCGGCAACAACAUAAUGAGCUGCAAGGUAAUGAGGAGCAGCACAAUGAGCAGCAACAGCUAAGCCAGCCACACGCCCAGCAGUGGCCACAGAAUUCCUUCCCAAGUUCUAUCGCAGGCUCUUUGUCAGAAACUGUACCAUCCCUCGACACUUCAAGUCAUCAAGGCUCGCUACUCGUAAUUGGAGCUUGCCUACAAUGCGGGCAAUUUAUCGUUCGACCACCCGUUCUCUGCCUUUUGGACCAAAUCCGCGCAAGGGGUAUAGGCCCGGAAGAAACGAAAAGCUGCCAACCCGUGCAAUACGAAGAAUGA